AGAAUCCGACCGGCCUUGAAGGCAGCAGUACCUCAGAAGGCUACACCGUAUCGGUUCCUGACGCUACACCACCAGCAGCCGCGGUUCUCAGGAGGAAGACACAGGAAUAGCGAGGGAGAAAGAAGAGCCCCCCCACCACCACCCCGCUCGAACGCACUGUUUUUUUGUUUUGUUUUAAUUAACAGAGACAACCCUCACACGGGACGGCAAGUAGAAACUCACACAGCCAUGCUGGAGUAUUACCAGACAUUAGGAGUCCAGAAAAAUGCAACGCAAGAGGACAUUAAAAAAGCUUACAGAAAAUUGGCGUUGAAGUGGCAUCCAGACAAGAACCCGGACAACAAGGAGGAAGCGGAGAAAAGGUUCAAAGAGCUUUCAGAGGCGUAUGAGGUGCUCUCAGAUGAAAGCCAGAGGAACACUUACGACCGAUACGGCAAAGAAGGUCUUUCAGCAGCAGGAGGAGGAAGAGGAGGUCGAGGAGGAGGGGGCCAUUAUGAACACUUCGGUGGCGGCGGUUUCACAUUCCGAAAUCCCAACGACGUUUUCAGGGAAUUCUUUGGCGGCAGAGAUCCAUUUGCAGAUUUCUUUGAUGAGGACCCAUUUAACAACUUCUUCGGAGCCAGUCACGGUCGCCAUGGGGGUGCCUUCCAAAGCCGGAUGGGGGGCUCGCACUUUGGUUUUGGGGGCUUCCCGGCGUUUGGGCCUGGCCUCUCAGGUUUCAAUUCAGGUUUUAGCCCCUUUGGAGAAAUGGGCGGAGGGGGAUUGACCUCCUUCUCCUCUUCGUCGUUUGGCGGAGGCGGCGGCGGCGGCGGCGGCGGAAUGGGUAACUUCAGAUCUGUGUCCACCUCCACCAAGUUCAUCAACGGCAGAAAAAUCACCACAAAGCGGAUCGUGGAGAACGGCCAGGAGCGGGUGGAGGUGGAGGAGGACGGUCAGAUAAGGUCUCUAACAGUUAAUGACACGGCGCCCCAAGGCCCCCCGGAGGACGAGUGUCGUCGGCGCAGACAGAACGCGCUGCCGGGCCUGGGCCUGCACCAGCGCUACCUGCGGAGCUCCGCUCAGAACCCCCCGGAGGAGGAGGAGGAACACGGCCCGCAGAGCUUGGGACUAACGAGAGGGCACAUGGACACGAAGAGGAAGAAACUGUGGCUAAAGGACGCAGAGUCCAAAAAGAAAAGGGCUCCUCGUCUCUUCCCUCGUUUCGGUGGACUUGGUGCCUUUUAUUAAACAACCUCAGGCCAACAUCUACACACACACACACACACACACACACACACACACACACACACACACACACACACACACCGACAAGCAAACAAACAAACAAACAAACAUGUACCUGUUGGCAGACGUACCACAAACCAUGUGCAGGCAUUAGUUCACCACUGCUACGUUUCAGAGGCCCGACACCCCCCCCCCCCCCCCCCCACUGCUGCGUCGUGUCACCCGGUGCACAUCAGCAGCCGCGCAUGGCGUCACUCCUGCCCCCUGCAGUAACGAGCGGCGGCCCGCAGAGACCCCGCUUCAAUGCUUCGUUGUAUCUACAAUACAUUUUUUAGUAGCUAAGCUUUUGCUAUUGCUGUAAUUAUUGUGGGCGGGCUCUGGGGAUGGAUCGGAACUGUGAUUAAUCUCCUACGAUGGGACUGUGUUUUUUUUUUUUUGCAGCAGCAGCAGCAGCACACUGUUUUGAGAAAGUGUGUUUGAAAGAUUUCCGGUGGAAGGAGAAUCACAGCAGUAGCCUUGCUUAUGCUGCAUUGAUAGCGUGUAGCAUGUGAGAAGAGCUGAAGGCUCAAGCUAUUUAGUGGAUCCCUUCAAUGGGGGAGACACGGAGGGAGAAGGAUGCGUUGUGAGGGAAUGUGAGAGCAAAGCAGGAUGAAAGCAUUGAAGAGUGAGGUUUAUUAUGAGCAUGAAUGUCCAGUCCUUCAUCACACAUACAUGAAAACUCUGUUCUUACCACUACUCCAACAGGGUGAAAAAAAAGCUAUGCCCUCCCAGUUAUUACUUUUCUAUUUGUAGGAUUCUUUGUACUGAGUAGAUUCAGCAACAUGUUAACCUUCCAUGGGUGUUUUUGUAAAAUAUUUUAAAAAACAGAAUGUGGUUUUUCCUCAUCUGAAUUGUCCUUAACAUUACUGUAAGUGCAAAUGUAGAAAUGUUCAUUUUUUUUAUGGACUCCUACCAAUAAAUGCGAAUACAUACUCUC